UACCUGCUGCAUUGGUCGGUUAGAGAGAUAAUAAUCCUGCACCACUUUCUGCAAUCUCUGCACUCUUUUAUAUUAUUCUCUAUCUCUCUUCUGCAAAGUGCAAACCCUACUUACUUUCAAAUCUCCUUCUUCUCUCCCUUCCCAUACUCUGCUCCCAACUUUUCUCCCUUUCUUCCAUUCCUCCGUGUCUCUCGCAGUUUCAAACUCAUGGACGUGGACAUACUCAAAACUUCCACGAGUGAUACCAGCAUGGACAUGAUCAUGAUGAUGCAAAUGGAAAAGUUCCCGGAGUUAUGUGAGCCUUUUUAUAACAACACCACUCCUCUCUACCCAGAAAACGAGUUCUUAAACUCCACCACCACCACACUGCCUGUGUUCUCCAACGUUAACCCAAACGUUAUAACUCCACCCCCCACUUUGAUCAAUCCACCGCCACCACCUUCCUCUAAUUUUGUUCUCCAACAACCCAUGACACCUCCUCUACAACCCAACCCUUCGUUCUCGGAGAAGAAGAAUUCCGUGGCGGCCAUGAGGGAGAUGAUUUUCCGCGUAGCGGUGAUGCAACCUAUUCAUAUAGACCCUGAAUCUAUCAAGCCUCCCAAGAGAAGGAACGUGAAGAUUUCGAAGGAUCCGCAGAGUGUGGCAGCGAGGCACAGAAGGGAAAGGAUUAGCGAGCGAAUAAGGAUCCUUCAGAGAUUAGUCCCUGGUGGGACCAAAAUGGACACGGCUUCUAUGUUGGACGAAGCCAUACACUACGUAAAGUUCUUGAAGAAACAAGUCCAGACGCUGGAACAAGCCGGAGCAAGUAGACCCUUGAGCGUUUUUGGCUUUCCUAGUACUGUGUCCAAUGCCAAUAAUAACGUUAAUUAUUCCUCCUUCAUGAAGAGUUGCCAACCGUGUCAUAUGCUGGGUUCUGCAGCUUCUAAACACAUGCUGAGUUGAGUUGAGUUGAGUUCAGAAGAACCGUUUGCUUCAUACAUGCAUGAAAAAUGAAAAUCAAUGAAUUAUAUAUGAGCUGUAUAUUGAUCUUCAUCAUAGUUUUUUUUGUCAUCGAUGGUGCAUGGGUUAUAAAGACAGUCUUCGCCAGUGUAAUUGUCGUUGUUUUAAGAAUUUCUUUUUCUCUUUUCAUACCUAAACUGGGAAAGCAAUCAAUAAAACUGAUAUGAAUGAAUAUCAUUUUCUUCA